AUGCCUGCCAUCGCACCGCCCAGCAAAGUACUCGUCACAGGCGCAAAUGGAUUCAUCGCAGUCUGGCUCGUCAACAAUCUUCUUGAACGUGGGUAUACCGUCCGUGGUACCGUUCGUUCAGAGGCGAAGGCUCAGUAUCUUAGAGAGCGAUUUAGCAGCUACGGAGAUAAGCAUGAAGUCGUCGUUGUGGAGGAUGUGACAAAGGACGGAGCCUUCGACGAAGCUGUGAAAGACAUAGAUGGUAUUCUACACACCGCUUCCCCAUGCCAUGUCGACGCUGACGAUCCAAAUGAGGUUAUCGUCCCCGCUGUGAGGGGUACCAUCAGUAUCAUGGAGAGCGCUCUUAAAUACGGGCCCUCUGUCAAGCGUAUCAUCGUCACCUCGUCCUGCGCUACUAUCAACAAAAUGGAUUCCACGUCUGUGACAUACACGGAGGCUGACUGGGCCGAGCAGACUAUACAGGCCGUGAAAGAAAAGGGACGUGACGCUGGAGGUAUGAUCAAGUACAGGGCCUCUAAAACGUUGGCUGAAAAAGCCGCAUGGGAGUUCUACGAGACACACAAAGGUGCUGUCGCAUGGGAACUUGCAGUGAUUAACCCUCCCUGGGUAUUUGGUCCCUCGAUACAUGACGUGUCCACCCCUGAAAACUUGAACUCAUCCACACUGACCUGGUACAAAAACAUUAUCCAGCUCGCUUCGGAGGGAGCCACCAACGAUUUGCUUGCGGUAACUGGUGCCUGCUACGUUGACGUGCGUGAUCUUGUAGAAGCCCAUGCGCUUGCACUGGAGAAAGCGGCAGCAGGUGGCGAGCGGUUCAUCGUCAGCGCCGGAAUCUCGGCAUGGCAGGACUUCAUUGAUGCGGGAAACAAGCUGGAUCCCCCUCCUCGUUUGUCGCUACCGCUUCGCAAAAGCCUUCGCAACACGGGUAUCACCAAUCCGGCUCCAGUCUACUUUUUCGACUCUUCAAAAGCCACACGUAUCUUGGGAAUUAAAUUUCGCAGCUUGGCGGAGACGACAAAGGAUACCCUGGCUGAUUAUGAGGAAAGGGGGUGGUGAGACCGUGCAGUCCAAGGUGCGAAGGACUGAACAAAAGAGGAAAUGAGGAGUGAGCAUGUCAAUGUCCUGCCGAACGCUUUUCCGUCUUCUCAGCAGAGUUGCGGUGUGCGAGACGAGGUGUGCGAUAGUAUCUUGGAUAACCCUAGCAUAUUCCAAGCAUAACAAGCCCUCGUCCUAGUUGUCACAUAAUCGUAGGGCCUAAGAUAGAUUUAUCACAUCGAUUUCGACGCACUUGAAAUAUCGCAUGAACGACUUCAUGGGAAAAGCGCCUGCGAUAUGUCUAGAUCCGUGUCACGAAUACCUGGGGCGGCAAAAUAGACUUCAUGGGCACAUGGGCGAGGUGGACCGACGACGACACAUAGGGGGUAAGGUUACUGGCACCGUGCGUGAGAUGACAGUUGUUUUAUACUGACCCCAAGGUGAACAAGGUUAGCUGUCGAGUAUGGGAAUAACAAAUCAGUCAGAGGCCGAAUUUUGUCCGAUGCCGUCGUAUAUAUGGCCCUCAGGCUGGAGUCGGGAAAACACGUCCGAAAAGGAGAAAAAUGAAAGGCGUGGAUUAGCUGCCUGUGCCCUACCGCCUGUGGUAUCGUGGUAUCACGACGAGAAUCAUACGGCUCAUGCUGUUCGCACCGUAUCAUGAGGUAAAGUUGUCAGCAUGGUCUCAGGCGAUAUGGAGAAGUGUGGUAUUGGCGGACUGUAUAGCCUAUGGUGUAUGGCGGAUGGCGAGUUUGCGAAAAAGGCAAGUCGUUAUCAAGCAAGGUUUCAGAAACGUCCGAGUUUCUGGGCGGAAGAUAUGGAAGAUGGCUGCGGAGGUAGAAGAAGUAAGGAGUGAGACUGAAGGGGACAACAUGUGUUGAAAUUUCGCCGUGCGCUGCUGCCGCAUACACACGGCAAAAUUUUCAAUGAGCGACGGCCGUGCUCAUGGAGAAUGGAGCCGUGGAUCGAUAAGAGCAG